ACAUAGAUUUUGACAAUGCUGCACGUAUAGCUAGGGACGCUCCAUUCUCAUGAAGCUGAUUUAUUUCACUAUGACAAACCGUUUCAUAAUACGCUGUUCAUAACUAGCAGUCUGGAUAGCUGACUUGCUAGGUGGACGUGUUCGGCGAUUCGAACGGACGACUCGCGGAUUGCUGCGGCAGAAAAACAACAGCCUAGGCGACGUUGGGUUUUGAUCCAAGUUCAAAGUCAAGAUGAAAUUUGUACAGUUUCUGCUGAAGAACAGCGCGAUGGGCAACAUACCGAAACAAGUCGAUAGGUUUUCGAAAUUUUCUCCGUCUCCGCUGUCAAUGAAGCAGUUCAUAGAUUUCGGGUCUGCCAAUGCAUGCGAGAAGACCUCUUUCGUAUUUUUGCGCCAGGAACUCCCGGUCAGAUUGGCAAAUAUCAUGAAAGAGAUCGAUUUCCUUCCUGACAAACUGCUCGGCACACCUUCCCUUCAACUUCUGCAGAGCUGGUAUGCGCAAAGUCUAAUGGAAUUAGUGGAUUUCCUGGAGAAAGAUCCUGAAGAUAAAAAGAUCUUAUCAAAUUUCACAGAAACGCUGAUUAACAUCAGGAAUAGACACAACAAUGUGGUUCCCACUAUGGCUCAGGGCGUCAUAGAGUACAAAGAGGCCUUUGGGGUGGAUCCUGUGACCAACCAGAACGUGCAGUACUUCCUUGACCGCUUCUACAUGAGUCGGAUAUCGACGCGGAUGCUCAUGAAUCAGCACACGCUGAUCUUUGGCGGAAGCGCAAACCCUGCCCACCCAAAACACAUUGGGAGCAUCGACCCCAACUGCGACGUCGUCGAGGUGAUCAAAGACGCUUACGAGAACUCGAAGAUGCUCUGUGAUCAGUAUUACCUGACGUCCCCCGAAGUGGAAGUCAAGCAAGUGAACUCCAAAGCAGCUGGAUCUCCUCUGCACAUCGUCUACGUCCCCUCCCACCUCUAUCAUAUGCUUUUUGAACUUUUUAAGAACGCCAUGAGAGCCACUGUAGAGGCUCACGAGUCCAGCUUGACCCUCCCACCCAUCAAAGUGCUGGUUUCCCUGGGAAGUGAAGACCUCACAAUAAAGAUGGCAGACCGGGGUGGCGGCGUGCCCUUGAGGAAGAUUGAGCGCCUGUUCAGCUAUAUGUACACCACGGCUCCCAGCCCCGUCACUGGCAAUGCCCGCAACGCCCCGCUGGCUGGCUUCGGUUAUGGGCUUCCGAUUUCCCGUCUUUAUGCUAAGUAUUUCCAAGGAGACCUGCAGCUGUACUCUAUGGAAGGAUACGGAACGUCAGCAGUUAUUUAUCUUAAGGCCUUGUCCUCGGAGUCUGUGGAGAGGCUGCCAGUUUUCAACAAGUCAGCCCUCAGGCAUUACCAGACGAGCACAGAGGCCGACGACUGGUGCAUUCCCAGCAGCGAGCCUAAGAAACUGGGGAAGUUUGAGUACAGCGUGUAGGACUGUGAGGUGGUUGCAUGCGCAGCACAGAGGUACGGCGGCUACGCUAGUGAGUCGACUGCAUUAUGGGUAAGGGGGGGCGGGGGGCGCUAAUGGCGGCCGUCGGAUUGCCACGGGGUGGCUCACGCUUUCUGUGAUUAGCAGCUCGUUUGGCUGGCGCAGAAAUUUCAGAAUUUAUUUAUAAUGCCGAGUUUUGUGAAUUUCUGAGGGGGCAAUUAAUUUUACAUUUCAUUUUACAUUUCAUAGCGAUCGCUAGGCUGGAUGAAGGUGCAGUUUUGUGAUCACGGAGUAUUAAAGCCGAAGCUCGAAUUUUAUUUUGUUUCUGAGAAGGGGUGCCUUUUCAGUUUAAUGAAAUGAUGUUUUUAUUUUGGAGUAUGCCCUCCGUUCAGGUGAUGGUAUAGUAUCCGUCCUGAGCAGAGACCUUAGUGCAACCUGUAAACAUAAGGAAUGUUCCUUAGAUCUUGUUUGCCCCUCGCUGAAUAUCCCAGAGCGGCCAUUGUGAUCGGCCCCCAAAUCCUUAACCUGUUGGUCAUUUCAAACGAAACAUACUUUAUGUAUGUUACCUUGGCAGCUAGACAUUUUUUUGUGAAUCUUAAGGUUAAUAUCCAUAAAAUGAAUACAAAUCCCACAAAACCUACUAUCAGAAACAGAUGUUUGUAGAACAUUUUACCUCACCCUCCUUAGAAAUUUCAUUUCACAGCUUUGCUGUAUCCUGAAAUUGGCUUGGAGUUUUAACCCGCAAUAAGUUUUAAUAUUGAAGUUUGGGACACAAAACGAGCUGACCACUCGUUUAUAUUGACUUUGCAGCCUUGAUUUUUGCUCUAUGCAUUCUGGAUACCAGUAGUGUUUUUGAGAUGUUAUUAGGCAAGAAUGUACCAGGGAACCAUUAAAGUUCUGCUGAAAAAUUGUCCGUUUAUUUUAAAAGUGACCGAGAUGUGGACAUAAUGGAUGUGAGGUACGUUGUGUCUGUUUUUAGGUGUAAUCGAUACAAAUCCACACCAUUCUCGUCUCGCUUCAAGUGUCUAGUUUUUAAGUUUCGCAGUGAUUUUGCAGCUGGGUUGCUCAUUCACGUUCUUGUAAACACAAAGCUUUUCAUAAAGUUCUGUGUAAACGGAGUAUGAAAUAUUCAGCUCGUCAUCCUCCAACCUCUAAAAAUGAUGGUUUCGUUCUUUUGCUUUUUGAUUUAUUGCAGUUUUUUUAAAACUUCAUAUCCUGUCAUAACUUGAUAUUUUUUUUUUUAUCUUGUACUUAAUCUUCCCAGUUACUAUGUGUACAGCAUAUCCUGUACAGGCCUCCAGUAUAAAUAGUAUUAUGAAUAGUAACUAUUAGUAUUUUAUCCCACCAUAUCGGCUGCUGUAAGUCGGACAGAAUCACAACAUCACUGCUUAGGGAGAGACGUGCUACUUGACCUCUUUUUGACAGUGAAAGAAUGAGCUUGGCAGGCGUCUGUGGGGGAGGUGUGCGUACCCACAAUCCUCUGCUUUGUACCCGUGAUGGAACGCAGUUUUGCCGCCACAGGAAUAGAGUGCUUACCCACUCACCCUAACGCUACAUCAAUCUUAAAUUCCAAGAGCAGUUUAGCAGUUUUAAGAUGUGGUGUUUAACCUCAUUUGCGCAAUUUUUGUGCGCCGGAUUGAGGACUCAACGGUGGGUGUGUGCACUGCUUUUCCAUGGCUGGUCGUGCCCCCACCUCCUCAGGGUGUUGGCAACGUGGCACCUCCUCAUGAGUGCCAUGUGAGUUUGUGUAUAUCUGACCUCAGGGCCGUGCCGGUCGGAUGGACCGAAUAAACUCCCUGGUGGAUAAAUGAAGCGACGCUAAGGCUAAAUGUUUUUCGGCUGAUUUUUAUCGAACAUGCUCCAUGUUCAGCACGAUGGGACGCAAUCAUUAGCUUUCACAUGUGUUGCAUGUCACCCUGCCUUACUAACGUUGUUGUCAAACAAAUGUGCUGGUGCUUAUCUCUACUGUCGUUCCUGAUGAUUCCACAAUGCCAAUAUACAAGUGCUACCGUUACCUUGAACGACCUUUCCUGAACUUUCCGAAUGGACCCUUUGGAACGUCGGUCUGGAGUAUAGCGCUAACGUCCCUUUCAACACCCUUGGCCAGAAAUGCCCCCCAAUAAUCCUUGACCAUUCUCUUCCACACUCAAGUCAGAGGAUGACAAAUCUGUCAUGACACCGUUGUCUCACGCUUUGAUACGCUCAGCAAUAAUCGCCACGUCCAGUCAUUUCAUCGUUCCCUAACCAACUUGCAUGACUGCACAUUUCACUGAGUUUUUACCAGACGGUCGAAGCUGUGUAGAGUUCACUUGAGAGAGGCGGGGUGACGAGUGUAUUUUAUUUUUUAUUUUUUUGCGGUGAGAUGAAGAAUCGCAUUGGUGCGUUGGCCAAGUAGCCUUGUCCUUUGUUAGCCAAUGUUUUCAAAGUUCCGUCCUUGCAAACUUGUGAAGGAGUCGCCUUUGAAAAAAUCAUCAAGACUAUAUGGAAAAUAAAGCAAUUGCACAAAGAG